GGCCUUGAAUUCUGUCUGCUAUACUUUUCUCGCGUAUAUUGCAAGCAUGACUUUAAAUGCUACAAAUUACGAUACAGGAGAUGAAGAAUUAAACAGAAGGCUUAGGGAAUGGUUUGAAUGGGACAAAAAUGAGGCAACAAGAUCAGACAUAUUACAGUUGGUAAAUGAAAAGAAUAUAGAAGAACUAAAGAAAAGGUUGUUAAAAAGAAUGGAGUUUGGGACUGCAGGACUUAGAACUCGAAUGGCAGCAGGAUUUUCUAUGAUGAAUGAUUUAACAAUUAUCCAAACUACUCAGGGUCUAUGUCAAUACUUGUUAAAAAAUUGUCCAUCUGUAAAAAGUAAUGGUGUGGUUGUUGGUUAUGAUGGCAGACACAAUAGUGAAAGAUUUGCCUGGUUGACAACAACAGUGUUUAUCAAUGCAGAUGUACCAGUCUACCUCUAUUCCAGAGUUUGUCCAACUCCUUAUGUAGCUUAUGCUGUGAUAUAUUGUAAAGCAGACUGUGGGAUCAUGGUUACAGCCUCCCAUAAUCCUAAAGAAGACAAUGGUUACAAAGUCUAUGGAAGUAAUGGAUCUCAGAUUAUCUCCCCUGUUGAUAAAUAUGUAGCAAAGUCAAUAGAGGAAAACUUGGCACCACUGAUAACUUCUUGGGAUGCAUCAGUUGUGGAGAAAAGUCCUCUAAGGAAGGAUCCUUACAAUGAUAUUUUGAAACAUUAUAAUGAAGAUCUGAAAAAGUUAUGUUAUUUUAGAGAGAAGAAUUGUAAGUCAUCUGUAACAUUUACAUACACUGCCAUGCAUGGUGUUGGAUAUCCUUAUGUUAUAGAGGCCUGUAAAGUGUUUGGUGUUAGAGAACCUGUCCCUGUGGUAGAACAGAUCAUGCCAGAUCCAGAAUUUCCCACAGUACGAUAUCCAAACCCAGAAGAAGGAGAAGGAGCUUUAUCACUGGCAAUAGACACAGCCAAUGCUAACAAUAGUAGUGUGAUAUUAGCCAAUGACCCUGAUGCUGACAGACUUGCUGUUGCUGAAAAACUAGACGGUGGUACAUGGCAUAUUUUCUCUGGAAAUGAAAUUGGAGCAUUGCUAGGAUGGUGGAGUUGGCUUUCCUUUAGACAAAAGAAUCCAGAUGUUCCAGCAUCUGACAUAUAUAUGUUAGCAAGUACAGUAUCGUCAAAGAUAUUACAGACAAUAGCCAGAAAUGAAGGAUUUAAUUUUGAGGAAACCUUGACUGGAUUUAAAUGGAUGGGUAACAAAGCAGAUGAAUAUCUAAAGGCAGGAAAAACAGUCCUGUUUGCCUUUGAGGAGGCUAUAGGAUUUAUGUGUGGUUCUAGUGUGCUAGACAAGGAUGGAGUCAGUGCAUCCAUGGUAACAGCAGAGAUGGCAACUUAUCUGUAUGACCAAGGUCUAACACUUUACAAACAACUAGAAAAUAUUUACCAAAAGUAUGGCUACCAUAUUAGUUUGAAUUCCUACUUUAUCUGCCAUGAUAAAGAUGUUAUUAAAAAAUUGUUUGAUGAUCUGAGAAAUUUUAAUGGAACUGGAAAGCACCCUGAUACCUGUGGUCCAUAUAAAAUUAAAUAUGUAAGAGACCUUACAGUUGGAAUUGAUAACAGUAAACCAGACAAUAUACCAACUUUACCUGUCAGUAAGUCAAGUCAGAUGGUUACAUUUACAUUUGAGAACGGUUGUGUUGCUACACUUAGGACGAGUGGAACGGAACCAAAGAUCAAAUAUUAUACUGAACAUAAACCAGAUCCACAGAAAGGGUUGGACAAGCAGUCAACUCAGCAUGAAUUAGAAGAUAUUGUACAGUGUAUUAUAACAUAUUUCCUGCAACCAGAGAAAUACAACCUACAAACAAGAGUGUCAUAGUUUGUAUUUCUUCCUUCCAGAACCAGGUAUAAAGCAUGCUGGGAAAGAUACCAAAGGGGAUGUUUUGUAAAUUCUGCUGACAUAAAAAUUAUAUCAAUGUAUUGUACUAUUCAUGUCGGCCUCUUUGUUAGCUUGCUUUCUUUUGAAAGUAUGCAAUUUGCUACUUUUCAAAACAUUUCCAGUUUUAUAUUUUUAGCUCACCUGGCCCAAAAGGGCCAAAUGAGCUUUUCUCAUCACUUGGCGUCCGUCAUCGUCGUCCGUUAACUUUUACAAAAAUCUUCUCCUCUGAAACUACUGGGCCAAAUAAAACCAAACUUGGGCUAAAUCAUCCUUAGGAUAUCUAGUUUAAAAAAUAUAUCCGAUGACCCGGCAUUCAGCCAUGAUGGCCGUCAUGGCUAAAAAUAGAACAUGGGGGUAAAAUGCAGUUUUUGGCUGAUAUCUCUGAAACUAAAGAUUUAGAGCAAAUCUGACGGGGUAAAAAUGUUCAUCAGGUCAAGAUCUAUUACCCUGAAAUUUUCAGUCGCAUCAGACAACCCGUUGUUGGGUUGCUGCCCCUGAAUUGGUAAUUUUAAGGAAAUUUUGCAGUUUUUGGUUAUUAUCUUGAAUAUUAUAAUAGAUAGAGAUAAACUGUAAACAACAAAAUUGUUCAGCAAAGUAAGAUCUACAAAUUAGUCAACAUGACCAAAAUUGUCAAUUGACCCCAUAAAGAGUUAUUGCCCUUUAAAGAAAAUUUUUCACAAUUUUUUCAUAAUUUUUUGUAAUCUUUACAAAAAUCUCCUCCUCUGAAACUACUGGGCCAAAUUAAACCAAACUUGACCUAAAUCAUCCUUAGGGUAUCUAGUUUAAAAAAUGUAUCAGAUGGCUGCCAUGGCUAAAAAUAGAACAUGGGGGUAAAAUGCAGUUUUUGGCUGAUAUCUCUGAAACUAAAGCAUUUAGAGCAAAUCUGACAUGGGGUAAAAAUGUUCAUCAGGUCAAGAUCUAUCUGCUGCAAAUUUUCAGACGCAUCAGACAACCCGUUGUUGGGUUGCUGCCCCUGAAUUGGUAAUUUUAAGGAAAUUUUGCAGUUUUUGGUUAUUAUCUUGAAUAUAAUAGAUAGAGAUAAACUGUAAACAGCAAAAUUGUUCAGCAAAGUAAGCUCUACAAAUAAGUCAAAUGAUCAAAAAUUGUCAAUUGACCCCUUCCAGAGUUAUUGCUCUUUAAAGUUAAUUUUUCACAAUUUUUCGUAAAUUUUUGUAAAUUUUUACAAAAAUCUUUUCCUCUGAAACUAAUGGGCCAAGUUCAUUAUAGAUAGAGAUAAUGGUAAACAGCAAGAAUGUUCAGUAAAGUAAGAUCUACAAACAAGUCGCCAUCACCAAAACAGAGAAUUUUGUCAUGAAUUCUAUUCUUGUCUAUAAUGUGUGUCCUUUGUUUAAUAUGCUCAUAGACCAAGGUGAGCGACACAGGCUCUUUAGAGCCUCUAGUUCUGUAUUUCAAUAUUAAUAUUCAGAAGUUUCUUAUUUGUACGUGUAGAUACUGAUUGAAAGAAAUGAUCAUGAUAUACAUAGAGGGUUUAAAUAAUAAAUUUGUCCUGCAAUUUUUUAUAGAAUUUAAAAAAGAUCAUCUUUGUGUCAAUUUCCUGUCAUAAUAUGAAACAGCUGAUUUUGAAUUGCAUAAUUUUUGUAAGCCUUUUUAUUCAUUUUCUAUUAUAUUUUCCAUUUAUUAAUUAAAGAUCUGAUCCAAAUCUCAAGUUGAGGUCAACUCUAGUUAUUAUUUGUUUUCCAAUUAUUUUGACAGUUUUUUUCUUAUAUAGUUUUUUAAAUUAUUUUAUUUUUGAUAAGAAGUUUAGCCUAAAACUUAUAUAUAAAAAGGUGGCAUUGACAUCUACAUGAUUGAAGAAUUCUGCUAAAAUCAGAACUAUCUGUUAAAAUGCAAAAUCAUAAAUUAUGUACAAAAAUAAAUUAUGCAUAAUAAAAAAUAUUUCUGUAAGUACAAUAUAUUUAUUAAUUUGUUUUUCUUUUCAAUUGUUAGUUUAAAUCAUACCUACAAAAAGGUUUUAAUUAAAUUUUCAAUAGAACUUUUAUUGUAUACAUUAUUUUCAAGUCGGCAAUACAGCCACUUCCUGUUUAACAGUAUGCAAGAUGGGAUGACUAGUGUCUCUUAACACUUCAUCCUAAACCUGUUGUUUAAAAUUAUUUUCAUAGAAUAUGUGAAAUUUAAAUAAAAAACUACCUCAAAUUGAAAUGAACUUAACUUGUACUUUUCGAUGGAUUGUCAUAAUAAACAAUUGUGUUUUAAAAAAUAAAUAAAGGAAUGAAUUGUUGAUAGACUAGAAACAUAUAAAGAAUGGCAUCAUCAUACUCGAAGGACUGGCUCUGUAAAAUAUCUACAAAAUAGGAACAGAAAUUGUGCAUCAAAGGAUCAGGAACUACUCAAUGGAUUAGUACUGAUGCACUGAUACAUUGUAAUUUACCAGGUACAUCUUAAUGUGAUCCUUAACACUUUUUGGUGCAGACAUCUAAAAAAAAAUUGGAAUCAAUUUUGUACAACUGAUUUAAAUUUACAUUAUAUACUUAUCAUUAUAUAUAUAUGUAUGGUUGAAGUUAUAAUCCCAGAAACUGCUUUAUGGAUUUAGCUUUAUUGAUAAAUGCUGUUAUCUGACAGUGUUCCCGCCUGCCCUAAAUAGAAGGGCGGCCCGCCCUUGGUGCCCGUACCCCUGCCCUUCUGCCCCCCAGAGCAAAAGAAUGCACCCCUCUGCCUUUUCAAAAAAUAAAAUUUCCAAAUUUCAUGAACUACUUGUUUAUUUUUAUAGACUGGUUUAAGUUAUAAAACAUUGAAUUUUCUGAUGAUUAUUUUCCUUAACCAAGUGUACAACUUUGUUUAGAUUAACAUCAAAAUGAUAUGCUUUGCAUCAUGGUAUGAUAAUUUGAUAAAAAAAAAUCUCACUGGAACCAACAUCAGGAACACAUUAAUUUCUCAAUAUGCUUGAAAUACAACUAAUGUUCUCAUGCUGAGCCUAGCAAUAUGCAAGAUAAUUUAUACACUGUCCAACAGUGCCCUUACAAUCUGGGCUAUUGCGCUAAAGUGCCCUUUCAAACAACUAGCACCCUUCUGCCCUGAGAUUCAAGCUGGAACACUGUCUGUUUAAGUGUUGAUUAUUAUUAUUGUUAAUUUAAUACAUAAUUAUUAGAUAUAAAUUGUCUGUCUGUUUUUGUAUACCUGAUAAAUGUUAAGUUUUGGUUCAUAUGAAUAAAAUGAUAUAAGCCUU